AUGGCUUCUUCCACAUCCAUGUCCGCCGCCGUAGCACCCUCAACUCUCAUCAACAGUGAAUCACUGCGGUCCCUCAUCUCUCAUCGAAGUCUAAUCGAUCAUUUUCAAUCCUCUCUGCCCAAAGCUUCAUCAUCGCUCUGUAACCCAAUUCGGCAAAGCCAUGACGUUUCACCCACUUCAUCUCUCCUCCUCAUGCCAUCUUGGUCCACUUCUCCUUCUCUGCCUUAUAUAGGGGUCAAGCUUGUGACUUUCUUCCCAGAUAACUCUGCAAUAAACUUGCCCGGAGUGCAUGCCAGUUAUGUGCUCUUCAGCUCCACAAAUGGGCAACCUUUGGCUUCCAUUGACGGAACCGAAAUGACCCUUAUAAGAACUUCAUGUGUUUCAGGCUUAGCUUCGAGAAUUUUGGCCAGAGACGAUAGCCGAGUUUUGGUGAUGAUCGGUGCUGGGGCUAUGGCACCACAUCUGAUUAGAUCCCAUCUUGUGGCAAGACCCAGUUUGAAGAAAGUUGUAAUCUGGAACCGUACGGUGGAAAAGGCAAGAAAAUUGGCUGAGAAAAUGAAAGAAAGUGUGGAACUUGAUGGGGUUUGUUUUGAGAGCAAUAAUGGGUGUUUGGAUGAAUUGGUUGAGAUGGGAGAUAUUGUGAGCUGCGCAACAAACUCAGAGGUGCCGCUUGUGAAGGGCCAGAAACUAAAACCAGGUGCUCAUCUUGACUUGGUUGGCUCGUUCAAACACUCCAUGAAGGAGUGUGAUGAUGAGGCUAUAAAGAGAGGAAGAGUGUUUGUGGACAAUGAGGCUGCUUUGGUUGAGGCAGGUGAGUUAGUGGGUGCUUUUGAGAGAGGUGUGAUUGAGAAAAAAGACAUUGGAGGAAACUUGGUAGAACUUGUAACAGGUGAGAAGGUUGGGAGAAGCAAUUCUGAAGAGAUUACUGUUUUCAAGUCUGUUGGAUCAGCUGUGGUGGAUAUUCUAGCAGCUCAAUUGGUUUAUGAGACCUAUAUGCAGCAACAACACAAGUAGAUAAUAUCCUGUAUUUUGUUGCUAUUUCUUACUAGACAUCUUUUUAAUAUUUUAGGGUCCUGUCCCUAAUCUACUGCCUUACAUAUUCAGCUCCUAAUAACAUAUCUUAUCAUGAAGAUAGUUUUUUUUCUUUUCUUUUUUCUUUUUUAUCUUGAGACAAUGAGGGAGUCCAUAGAGUCAGUUUCUUUGGCAACUGAGCACAUGAUACUUACUUGCUAUGUAAAUGGUUAAAGAGCGAAGUUUGAAAAAGAAUGAAUUGCCAUGAAA